CGGACAGCCGCCGCCACGGCCGUCUCCCUGGGUUAUGCGCAUUGAUUCCCAACAAGGGCUGGCAGAUUGUCGACUCCUCUCCCUUGUCGUUGCAUGCUUACACAUCAGCCCAACGGCACGCACUGCACCUCAUAAUGAUCCUCUAGGCCGGAGCACAACUCUUGAAGCAGUCGCUGCAUUGAGGCUGAAAUUUUCCCCUUGGGAAGUCUGGGCAGUACGGCCCCAAAGCCCCGUUGCUUCGCGUCGAGAUCCAGUGUCUAGCAAUAGAGGACAAGCUAUCCCCAAAUUGCACGAAAGCUGUCCCAGCUCACGGGUUUCUACAGGUCACUGCCUCAAAGGUGGGCAGCAGCGCAGAAGCUGACCUGGCAGCCACAGGUCCAGUCCAGAAAGCUGGGUCGAAGGCCCGACCAGGGUCCAGCGUCGAGGUUCUCCACCAACUA